GGCGGAGGUGUGAUCGCGUCAAUCAGCGAGGCUGGGGGGAGGUCUCAGGUGAAAGGCGCGGAUUCCAGAAACCGCGAGUAAAAAUGCCUGCAGUUACUCCAAGAAAGAGGAAGCAUAGCUCUCCAAAAGAUGAUUGCCAGGAUUAUACCCCCAUCAAUGCAGCAAUAUCAGGAACACCAACAAAGAAAAGAUUCAUCAAUUUUGAUAGUGUUGCCUAUUCAUCAAAAAUAUCUUCCCCUGAAUUAAUUACUCCAGCAAUGUUAAGAUGGUCACAAAGAGUUUUUAGUUCUGAUAAAGAAAAUCAUGACAACUAUGCUUUACAAAAGCAAUCUGUUAAUCAUUGUCAAGGUGAUUCACAGAAGAAAAUCCCUGGGCUGUCUUACAACAUAAAGGGCGAUCUGCAAAAACCUGCUGUACCUGCAACAUCUUUCUAUAGGAAGGGGGAGCAGUUAUACCUCACACCUCUUGAAAGAAAAUUGGUUGUUGCAAACAAGCUUUCGAAGUGUGACAUUGUAGAUGAACAACCAGAGAUGAAAAGUGCAAAGUCUCAAACAAAGAAGCAAAUUGAAGCAAAAGUAAAGCUGCCAAUUGGCCCCAGUUCUAAAGCUCCAUUGAAUGCAAAGGAAACUCGAAUAAAACAAAAAGUCAAAUCUAAUGGCCCUACAGGACCGACCCGUCAGAACCAAAAUGCAUAUUACGGAUCUGUAACGAGGACACUUCUUUUCACUUCAAAAGUGAAUGGUCUAAAGGUGCAGCAAAAGCCUCGAAUCCAAUUAGGUGCAGCUUUCUUUUCCACAGGCAGAAAACCCCAAUUGUUGCUUAACCAGAAAUUGCCAAACCCCAAUGCCAAAUCAUUUUCAUCUGAUUGUAGCGUCCAGCAUAAGCAUAGCAAAAGCAACGCGAAAGAUAAUGUCAAGAAAACUAACAAGGAAGCUCUUCAAGCAGUUAAUAACAGUAAUGGGGUAAGAAAGAGCACUUAUGAAAUGAGAACUGAACCAGAAGUGGGGCGAAAAGCUGAAAAAUAUGCACACCUGUCUGCCAACAUGGUCAAACUUUUGCUUACAAGAGAGUUGAAAGUGGUAGUUCAAAGCAUUGGAGUGGCACAACUUAAGCAUCCAGUUUCAAUAACCAGGGAGAAGCCAUUGCAACAGGGAGAUUUGACAACAAAAUGGUUUGACCAGUUUCAUGAUUCAGAGUCUGGAAAGGAAAAACAAAUUUUGAAUGUUGAGAGCUUUAAUACUCAUGAAACUGGUUUGGGAUUUGAAGAUGGGAGCACCUCUGAAGGAAAUAAUGAGAAAAAUGAAGGCUCAUCAGCUGGUGCUAUCUAUCCCAUCUUUAGUACUCCGUGUACUGCCAGUAAAAGACAUGAGCUGUUGAAAGACGAGACUACUUCCAAUAACCCUUUUGCUGCUGCCCCUGGGAUGCCCUGCCCUGCACCUCUAUCUCUACAGAAGAACAAAAGAAAAGAUUUUGACAAAGCAUUCAGCGACCAGCUUAUUAUAGAUGCAGGUCAAAAGCAUUUUGGAGCUGUCAUCUGCAAGUCCUGUGGAAUGAUUUAUACAGCGGCCAGCCCUGAGGAUGAAGCACAACAUGUUCAGUAUCACCAAAGGUUCCUAGAAGGGCUCCGUUACGUGAGAUGGAAGAAAGAGCGGGUGGUGGCAGAAUAUCUGGAUGGAAAGAUUAUAUUGAUUCUGCCAGAUGACCCUAAAUAUGCUCUCAAAAAGGUAGAAGAAGUGCGAGAGUUGGUCGAUAAUGAGCUGGGGUUUCAGCAAGCCACAUUAAGCUACCCAGGACGCAGCAAAACCUACAUGUUUGUGUCUAAUGAGAAGAAGAUUGUUGGCUGUCUUAUCGCGGAACAUAUCAAACAGGCCUUUCGAGUGCUAUCUGAGCCUACUGAUCAGAAAAACUCUGAGAACGAUGAACUAUCUGAAUAUCAUCGUGCUUGGAGAUGUUCUACAAUGCCAGAAGAGGCUAUCUGUGGCAUAAGCAGAAUAUGGGUCUUCAGUUUGAUGCGGAGAAAAGAAAUUGCCAGCAGAAUGGUUGACAUUGUCAGAAAUACGUUCAUGUAUGGAACUUGCCUAAAUAAGAAUGAAAUUGCCUUCUCUGACCCAACACCAUCUGGCAAGCUUUUUGCAACUAAAUACUGCCAAACCCCAAAUUUCCUUGUUUAUAAUUUUAUUGGUUAACCUGGAAAAACUAAAGUUUGGCUUUCAGUAGCCAUUUACCUUCUGAUGAAUUCAGCUUUACCUCUGCAUGUUAUAUUGUGGAUAACAUUUAUUGGAAAAAAACUCACUUUGGCUUUAUAAAAUGUAGACUAAUCUCUGAAUAUCUGAUUUUAGAAACAUAUACUGUUCUUUUGACAUACUUUGCACUGUUUGCUAUGUGCUCUCUUAAAUUAAGUUUUGGGAGUUUUUGCAAUGUUGAAGGUUACUGAAUGUUAAUUAUGCCAUGUUAAACUGGGUUUGUGGAAACUUUUUAAGAUGCUAAAUGGAAAGGAUUGAUCGGGAAAAGUAAAUAUAGGUCUUGUUUGUUUUUAUUGUUCACCUUUCUCUCCAUUAAAGUACCUGCCUAUAGCACAGGCUGCUUGAGUGCAGGUUUCCCAAUAUAAAAUUUAGUUUUGAAGACUGAGAUAUUUGCAUAAUAGCCUUGCCACUGUUGGUAAAUUUCUGAAGAUUGACCAUAUCUUAUUGUGCAUAUUUUAAAAGCUUUUGGUCCUUCAGAACAUUUAAUCCAACAUAAUUCUCAAGUAACAUUUUGUGUCAGUAAAAAUUACUUGUUAGGUUUUCUACUUGUUUGAUCAAAAAAUUAACGUUUUUGUCCUACCACAAUAAAAUCUUUAAUGAA